AUGCCGAAUGCCAAAUUCUUCUCGAAGCUUGAUGCUACCCAAGGCUACUGGCAAGUACAACUUGAUGACGAAAGUGCAACGAAAUGUACAUUUAAUACACCGUUUGGUCGAUACCGUUUUCAUCGUCUGCCAUUCGGAAUUUCGCCUGCACCGGAAGUGUUUCAGCGUAUUAUGUCUCAUUUUUUUUAUGGCAAUGAAGGAAUCGAAGUUAUUGUCGAUGAUUUAUUAAUCUGGGGUGAAACUCGAGAACAACACGAUGAACGUUUGAAACAUGCAUUAGAAAGAGCUUGCGAAGCUGGAGUGAAACUUAGCAAGGAUAAAUGUGAAAUUGGACUACAACAA